CCUUCCGGAAGUGUGCGUCUGUUUCUGAAAUGAGACAUUUGUGUACCGGGCAGUUUGGUGUUUUCAUUGUGCGUCCCGUGUCCCGCUGCCUGAUCAGACUUCACUUCGUCUGAUCACUAAUGCCUAUCGUGCUUUCCUGUCCCGCGUUAAUCGUGCCAGCUGCCGGGUAGCGCGUUAGCUGUCCAGGUCUCGUUGUCAUGGAGAAGGAUCCUCAGGAGGCUGCACUGUUUGAGGAUCCAGAUUUUGCUGCUGAUGACUCCUCCCUCUUCUCUGAUUACACCACACCCCUUCCUAGGCUUGUUGGUCGGGUUACAUGGCUCCGCCCACAGCACAUCUGUAAGGGUCCUCGCCUCUUCUCCGAAAGCCUUCCAGAUGCCUACCCGAAGCAAGGCAUUCUGGGAGAUUGCUGGUUACUCUGCGCAUGUACUGUGCUACUCAAGAGUCGUGCCCUGCUGGAGCAGGUGAUGCCACCCAGGCAGUGUGUGUGGGGUGAGACUGGUUACUGUGGUGAAUUCCGGUUCCGGUUCUGGCACUGUGGGAGCUGGCAGGAGGUUUGUGUGGAUGACCGGCUGCCUUGUGCCAACAACAAACUCUGUUUCUCCCGCUGCCAUAGCACCUCGGCAUUCUGGGUCGCACUGCUGGAGAAAGCAUAUGCCAAGCUACAUGGUUCAUAUGAAGAACUGUGGGCUGGCCAGGUGUGUGAAGCGAUGGUGGACCUGACCGGGGGCGUGGCCAAGCGCUGGAGUUUAAAAAAGGCUGUGGACACACCCACAGGGCGGAGCUUGCUUCCAGAACUUUCAGAGGAGAUGAGGAAGCGCAGUUACAUCAGCUGCUGUGUGCACAGCACCCCUGCAGGUGUUCCUGAACUGGGUCAGUUCCAUGCCCUGAGUGUGCUGGAGUGGACACAUGUGAAGACCCGUUCCGGAGAGCACGUGUGGUUGCUACGGAUACGGAAUCCCUGGGGGAGGCGGUGCUGGGGCGGGGCCUGGAAGGAGGGUGGAGUGGGUUGGAAUUCUCUGGAACUCUCUUGCUCACAGGAUCUGCUGGCCCGCACACAGGAGGCCGAAUUCUGGGUAGAUGAGACAGAGUUCCAGCAGGAAUUUGAUGAGGUCACAGCAGGAUAUCCAAUCAGUGAUGAUUUCCAUCUGCAGAGCAUCUACACAGGUUCUUCCUUAAUUCACUCCCAGCAGAUAGGGGGCUGCUGGGUCAAAGGUCAGUCCGCGGGCGGUUGUCGAAACAAUAGUAGCUAUGGCAGCAACCCGAAGUUCUGGUUAAGAGUUCAGGAGGCGGGGGAGGUGCUGUUGACUCUCCUGCAGUGCAGGCCAUGGAGCUCCCGGCGCAGUUAUACGCUGCUGCCACCAGGGGGAAGCAAACGCACUCAAAAGCAGGCACACUAUCAGGCCAUAGCACUACACGUGUGGAAGGUGGACAGGAAAUACUUUAACCUGGCGCAGACGCUAAACUCCGAGCCAUGUGCCUCCUCUCACAUGCACGCGUACGACCGGGAGGUGGUCGUGCACACACAUCUGAGCGCUGGCUACCACCUUCUCAUAACCAGCACCUUCCGACAGGGAGCAGAGGGACACUUCCUGCUCCGAGUUCACUCCACCAGCGUUGUGGGGCUCAGUGCAGUAAAGGUGUGGGCGGAGCCGCAGUGUGUGGGCGGGGAGUGGGAGGCAGUCAGCACGUCUGGUCGCUGGACAGCCGGCUCCACCGCUGGAGGGAGUCGCAACUUUCCCUCACACGGCCAGAACCCUCGUGUACCCCUCACUGUGACCUAUGACCCUGGGGGCACCAACAUUAAGGUCACCUUGUGCCAGCACAGCCCAGAGAAUGACCUCCAUGCUAUUGGCUUCCAUAUUUAUAAGGUCCCUGAUGGUGAGGCCGUCUCCAUGGUGAUCUCUGGUGCAGUGCAGCCCACAGUGAGCUGUGUUCCGCACUCCCAUUCCCAGGAGGUCAGUGUGCAGUGUAGACUGCCCCCUGCUGGUUACAUCAUCCUGCCCUCCACAUACCAGCCUGACUGCAGCGCAGAAUACACACUCACCAUCGAACACAGGAUACACAGGAAAGUCCUGAGCAGUAGAGAGCGUUUGGGGCAGACGGUACAGGAGGUGAAUUCUGAUUCUCUCUUUGCUUUGGUUUCAGGAGAUUUCUCACGUCUCUGUAAUGAGUCUCUAGAGGGCGUGGUUCACCCCGCCCCUUUCCCCGUCAGGCCCCGCCCCCAGUCAGACUUCGCUGAGAGGCGAGCGGAUCGGCGGGUGCUCGUAGCAUUUAACACGUCACUGGCUCGGACGGGGCUGACUAAUGGAGGCACGGCGCAGUCCUGCAGGCUUCAGCAGAAGCUGUUGCCCUGGCAACGGCCUGUCCAAUCAGCACGAACGUGGGGGAAGUGGUAGAGCUAGCCACGCCUACUGGCCAACUCAUGGCACAGCUGGACCUGAGAAGGGGAGAGAGAGAGAGAGAACAGAUGCGGAUCUGCACUGUGAGUGAGGAGUUGGUCCUCAUGUUCACUACCAGGACGGGUGUCACAGUCAGCGCUGUGCUAAUGGCUGAGCUGCACAUUGCCACCACGCAGUGAUCAUUGUGUGAGAGACGUGUAUCCUGUUGUGAACAUUCCCUUGUGUGUGUGUGUGUGUGUGUGUGUAAGAGAGUGUGGGAUUUCUUGAGAACCUCCUGAGUAAACAGACUGAAAACA